AUGCGUGUUACUAACAUUUUGGAAGGUGGCCAAUGGGUUAUUCCUGAUAUUCAUCUUCAAAGAAUGCUUGCGGCUGUUCUAGAGAUUGAUAAGCUACCAACGCCAUCUGGAGGGGAAGAUUAUAGAGUUUGGAUGCCGGAUAUCUCUAUAGAAUUCAGCGUCAGUUCUGCUACUUCUAUAGUUCGCCAAAAGUAUCCCAAUCUGGAGGGUGCGUCAUUCAUUUGGAGGAAAGAAAUUCACCCUGUUCUUGCCGCUCAGAAUUGGAAAUUCUUGCGUGGUGCCUGUGCUACGUUUGAUCUCAUUCAGGGGAGAUUUAAAAUUCAAUUGGCUAACAAAUGUUUCCUUUGUGAUUCUGCAGAGGAAUUUCUUGAUCAUGUGUUAUUUCAUUGCAGUUUUGCAGCUCGUGCUUGGAACUAG